GCAUGCAAAAGAAGGAGGCCUGGUUUCUCAGUGGUUAAGCACUCAGCUGCUAAACAAAGGUUGGUGGUUUGAACCCACCACCAACUCUGUGGGAGAAAGAUGUGGCAGUGUGCUUCUGUAAAGAUUUACAGCCUUGGAAAUCCUAUGAGGCAGUUCUGCUCUGUCUUAUAGGGUCACUAUAAGUCAGAAUCAACUUGAUGGCAAAGGUUUUUUUUGUUUGUUUUUAGCAGGCAAAUGUCUUACCAAUCAGUCUAGAAUCAUUGAUACUUCUUUCUUACUAGGUCCUAUCAGCAUAAUGUCAUCAAUGUAAUGGACCCGUGUGACAUCUUGUGGAAGGGAAAGUCAGUCAGUGCCCCUCUGGACUAAAUUAUGACAUAGGGCUGGAGAGUUGAUGUGCCCCUGAGGUGGGAUAGUAAAGGUGUAUUUCUGGCCUUACCAGCUGAAGACAAACUGCUCCUGGUGUUCAUUUGAAAUUGGAAUCGAGAAAAAGGCUUGGGUCAGAUCAAUAGCUGCAUACUAAGUACCAGGAAAUGUAUCAAUUUGCUCAAGCAUUGAAACCACAUCUGAAACAGCAACUGCAGUUGGAGUCACCACCUGGUUAAGUUUACCAUAAUCGACUGUCAUCCUCCAAGAUCCAUCUGUUUUUUUGCACGGGCCAUAUAGGUCAUGUUAGCAGCUUCCUAUUGGUCCCUGCUGGCUCCAGCGGUUGAGAUGGCCACGUCCAGUGGAGGCUUUGGUGCCUUUGCCUUCUUUCCUGUGGCUGUUGGCUUCACCCUUGGAGCUGCUUUCGUCUACCUGGCUGACCUGCUGAUGCCUCACCUGGGUGCAGCAGAAGACCCUCAGACAGCCUUGGCACUGAACCUGGACCCUCAGCUGAUGAAGAAGAAGUCCGAUCCCGAGGGUCCUGCACUGCUCUUCCCCGAGAGUGAACUUUCCAUCCGGAUAGGUAGAGCUGGGCUUCUUUCAGACAAGAGCGAGAACGGCGAGGCCUAUCAGAGGAGGAGGGUGGCUGGCCUCCCAGGGGACCCUGCUCCCCCCGUGCCUUCCCGAGGGAACCCCAUGCAGCCCGGAGGCGGCAGCUGGAGGAGGAUCGCCCUGCUCAUCCUGGCCAUUACCAUCCACAAUGUUCCAGAGGGCCUUGCUGUUGGAGUUGGAUUUGGGGCCAUAGAAAAGACUGCAUCUGCCACCUUCGAGAGUGCCAGGAAUUUAGCCAUUGGAAUCGGCAUCCAGAAUUUCCCAGAGGGCCUCGCUGUCAGCCUGCCCUUGCGAGGGGCUGGCUUCUCCACCUGGAGAGCCUUCUGGUACGGGCAGCUAAGCGGCAUGGUGGAGCCUCUGGCCGGCGUCUUUGGUGCCUUUGCGGUGGUGUUUGCUGAGCCCAUCCUGCCCUACGCUCUGGCCUUUGCUGCUGGCGCCAUGGUCUACGUGGUCAUGGACGACAUCAUCCCAGAAGCCCAGACCAGUGGUAAUGGAAAACUGGCCUCCUGGGCCUCCAUCCUGGGAUUUGUGGUGAUGAUGUCCUUGGACGUUGGCCUGGGCUAAUGCUGAGAUACUUCAAAACCCCGGAAAGGCAGUGCUUGGAAGAGCAGUGAUUGGCUUCCUUGGAACCAAGAGCCUCUUUCUUCACAUUAAAACAUUCUUCUUUCUUUCCUCUUCAUCUCAUUAUCUUGAUUGACUCUGAUUGUAAUAUGACUCUUUUUCACUUUUCUUUUGAGGGAGAUUUUGGUUUUAUUUGGGAUUUCAAGGUGUCAUGGAAUGAUAGAUUUUUCUUUUGGCCACUGUAUGGACUCUUCUUCAGUGGGAUUAUCAAGGACAUACAGAUCAGGGAAAUCUCUGCUUUCGAACCUUCAGUCUCCCUCGUUAGACUCUACAGCAACUCUUUGAAGGCUACCAGCAGAAGCAAGCUACCAAGAGACGUCUCCUAUGCUCCUUCUGCCCAGUGACUCAGAGCAGAAUGGCCAGGACGUCUCUUGUCUGUCCCACCUGAUCCUUCACUUCUUGUCCUCUGAUUAUUUAGACCAGAACUGGAAGAUCAUGGACAUAGCAAAAUACUUUCCAAGGUUCAGCCAGCCCAGGAAGCAAUAUACUUUCCUUUACUUCCCCAGAGGGACACAGACAAAGAGGGUGAACUUGGCUAGCCUGUCUCUCUCUCUCUCUUUUAAGGGAAAGAUUGAUAUUAUUGAAGUUAAUGGAAUUAGGACAAUGAAAACACACAGUAAGCCCUGUGAAAAAAAGAUGGAGCGUAGCUUAGAUGACUGACCUCAGCUCUCUUUGGGUGGGAAAGUGGAUUCCAAGAGCAACGUGAUUCAUUAUGGUUUCUGAGUCCUCUAGGUAUUUAAUUUAAUAAGUUUAUAGCCUUAAUUUCUACAAGAGGUUUGGGAACUCCAGUAAACUGUUCUCACUCAAAUCCUUCAUUCUACUUCUGGAGGAAGCCACUGUAAUGAAGGGCAUUUGGAAUCUGCCAUGGGCCGUUCUCUGUUGACCGUUUGGUAACUUGUAACCUGACCCAGAACUCAGAAGCUGCAAUAGGCUCUGCAGGAGUUUGGCCAGAGAGCAUAGGAUGGGAAAGGAGGAAAGGUUAGGAAAAGAAGUGAUAUUUUUACAUUUUCCUUUUAAAGUAAAUUGUAGCCACGCUAUCAUUCUGAAAUGACCCUAAAGAAUGGCUUGAACUAGACUGGAAGCCAACCUGCUCUUUCAGACACAUAGCUUCCAUCUGUUUCAAACACAGCUAAGGUCUGCUGUCCUCAUGGGUCAAAGGAGAUACAGGAUCUUGAGUGGACUCCACUGAGAGGCAGGUAGCCAAGAGCCAGGUAUCCAGUCAUUGUUUUUCAAUGCCUACCCUCUGCGUUUACAUGCUCAGUUGCUUCCAAGGGUGAAUCUCCUGCUGUGUACAUGUUCUAAGACUCCAAGGGCCAACUUUGUGCCUGGGUCUGUGUAUGUUUUUCCGAAGCACUGAUGAUCAAAAUUGAAGAUGCACUCAGAGAUUUGAUGGGUUGAGAUUAACUAGUUUGGUGGGUGGUAUGUGUGCGUGUAUGUUUUAUUUUUAUGUCUUUGUAUGUAGUUCUACCUAAUGCAGAUUGUUGUUUUUGAUGAACAAGACCUCAUAACUGUGAUUAAUAUCAAUAAAGGGGAUAUUGUUGUGAAUGACCUGGCUGUAUUGAGUUCUUUUCAAAGUCACUUCUUUGCAGGGAUGAUAAUACAAGAGUUAACUAAACUUAGUACUAACAUCACCCCUACCCAGCAUCAGUGGCAGCAAAGGAAAGAGCUUGGUUGCAAACAACGGCAUCCAACUCCAGCUUAUUUAAAGACGAAAGGGAUUCAAUGGAAGCUGUAAGGGAGCUCAUAGGAUCUACGGGAGAACUGGGCUGGAAAAUGGGUGGGAUCCAAGGAAAUUAGAGCCCUGGAUCCAUGAGUAGAUCACACCUCAAGAAGAGCUUAGUUUAGGUGCCAUGGCCCCCACUGCUGGUCACUAUACACCAAUGCCCCCACUGAAACUGCCCCUCGGUACUACCA